UGAUUGAGUUUCAGUUGAAAAUAAAACCUCUACUUCCUAUUAAUAGUGCUGAACUACAUAAAAAAGCGAUCAAGAGAUUAAAGAAAAAUAGAGCUGGGCAGGACCCCAGGAACACUUUCAGGUUACCAUUUUUCUGCAGAAUUUUCUGCAGCAAAUAUGAUGGAAGAAUGGGACGUUGAUCGGUACGAAUCGUCACAAUCUUGUGCAAAAAAUGGAAAGGAACGAAAGAGCAAAACCAAUGUUGGUUCAUGGUCGAUUUUUAUGACCGGUUUGAUAGCAAUUCUAGCAUUUGGUGGUAUUAUAUUUAUAUUUCGAACAGACUCAAGAGAAAGUAGUUUUGAUGAGCUGGUCACUACUGGAGGUGCUGUAAGAAGAAGUGUAGACAUGACUGUUAAAGUUGAAGAUAACAAAUUGAAAGAAUGCGACACAAAAGCCUGUCGCAAGUUGAAAAAAUAUAUUGAAAAUUCUAUGAAUAAAACUGUAGAUCCAUGUUCUAAUUUCUACCAGUAUGCUUGUGGAGGUUGGAUAAAACGUAAUCCUAUCCCAACAACCAGUUCCACAUUUUCAACAUUCUCAAAACUAAAUCAAAAAGUUGAAAUUAUAUUACAUAAAAUCUUGAACAGUUCUACCGAAGAGAAAGGCACAAUAAGGAAGGUAAAACAGUUCUACGAUUCUUGUAUGAAUCAGAAAAAGAUUAAUAAAAGAGGGAAAAAACCAAUGAUGGAUUUGAUUGAGUAUUUAAACGGAUGGAGUUUAGGUGGUGGUGACAGCUGGGAUAAAGAAUCAUGGGAAAUGGAAGACAUAUUGUUGAAAAUCCACACUGAAUUCACAUCGUCUGGAGGUCCAUUGUUUUCAGUUCAUGUUAGUGACGAUCCAAAACACAGCAAUAAGCAUAUUCUCGAGGUCGAUCAAGCAGGACCCAGUUUACCAAGAGAAAUUUAUUUAUCCACUGAUGGAACUAAGUUAAAGACAUUGAGAGCGUACACCGAGUAUUUAGAAGAUGUGGCGAAGUUACUUGGCGCCAAAGGAGACAUAAAGAAAGCCGCAAAUGAAACCGUUGAAUUUGAAAAAAGGUUGGCUGAGAUAAGUGUUGCUGAUGAUGUAAAGCAGGAAUCGUGGUUCCAUAGAAUGACUUUGCAAGAGCUUGAACAAGAAGUACCACAGUUUCCCUGGUUCAAAUACAUAAACGAAAUAUUCGAAGGAAGAACAAAAAUAUCAAAAGAGGAGAAUAUAAUCGUACCUUCAAUUCCAUAUCUGCAGAAAAUGAUGAAAGUUGUCAACGAAACGUCUAAAGAGACUUUAUCAAAUUACAUAGUGUGGAGUGUCAUCCAAGAUGAAGUUCCCUAUCUUUCGCAAGAGUUUCUUGAUGUGAGAAUGCAUUACAAGGAAAAAGUGUUGGGAUCAAAAGGUUUGAGAAAAAGAUGGAAGACCUGUGUGUCAUACACAAACGAAUAUUUGGGAGAGGUCCUUGGGAAGCUAUAUAAGAAAAACAACUUUAAAGAUGGCGUGAAAGUUACAGUGGAGGAAAUGAUAAAGAACAUUCGAAAUGCUUUUAAGGACAAUGUCAAGACAUUGACAUGGAUGGAUGAAAAAACAAAAGAAAAAGUAGAAGAAAAAGCGGCAGCAAUGAAAGAUCAGGUUGGAUAUCCACCAUAUAUCUUCAACGAAACAAGAUUUAGCACAAAAUACAAGAAUUUAACCAUCAAAUCAGACGAUUUGUUCCAAAAUAGAAUCAAUAUCAUUAUAUUCGCUCACAACCGCAUGUUAAAUAAAAUUAGAAAGAAAGUCGACAAAACUGAAUGGCCAAUGGACCCACAAACUAUAAAUGCAAUGUACAGCUUUAAUCAGAACGGCAUGAUUAUUCCUGCAGGCAUAUUGCAGCCACCUUUUUUCCAUGGCGAAAAAAUGUCUGUCGCUAUGCUCUAUGGUGCUAUUGGCUCAAUCCUUGGUCAUGAGUUAACCCACGGUUUUGACAACACUGGUCGAAAGUUCAAUAAGCACGGAGAAUUGCGUAAGCAAUGGUGGACGAACAGCUCAUUAGCAGCCUUUACUAAACGAUCGCAGUGCAUGAUUGAUCAAUACAAUAAGUAUAAAGUUCGAGGCUUGUAUCAAAUCAAUGGUAAACUGACACUUGGUGAAAAUAUUGCUGACAAUGGAGGAUUUAAGACAGCCUUAAGGGCUUACUAUGAUUGGUUAGAUCGAAGUGACGAUGGAGAUAAAACCAUCAAAGGAUUAGAUUUUACACACGAACAACUUUUCCAUGUAUCUUUUGCGCAAGCAUACUGCAGCAACAGCCGACCAAAUGAACAAUAUUUAGCUACUUUAAACGAUAGACAUUCCGAAGAAGAAUUUAGGGUUAUUGGUACGCUUUCUAAUUCAAAAGAAUUUGCAAGAGCAUUUAACUGCAAAGUAGGAAGUCGAAUGAACCCAAAAAAGAAAUGUUCCGUUUGGGUCAACGAGAAAAGUGUUUGAAUUUGGAAACGGGAUUGAAAGUCCAUUGCUCUGACCUUUCGAGUAACGAGGAUGCUUGGGAAAGGUUUGGUAAAAGGGAUCACCACAAAAGUCGAUUCCAUCCUUCUCUUUGAAGCUCAAAGAAGUAGCGACCACUGAAAGUAAUCCAUAUAUCAAUAUGUGAAAGGAAAUUACAUUUUAAAGUUAUGAAAGUGUAUUUCAAAGCACCAGAAGAACAAUCUAGGAACAUUA